AUGAGAAUUUGGAAGUUGGGUUUUGCUGUGCUUCUUUGUGCUGCCUUUCUGUUGGGGAUUGGCUCAGGGGAGCAGGCCCGCACUGAGAGAAUUUCAGGUAGUGCUGGUGAUGUCUUGGACGAUGACCCAGUGGGAAGGUUGAAAGUUUUUGUGUAUGAGCUUCCAAGCAAAUACAACAAGAAGAUUCUGCAGAAGGACCCAAGAUGCCUGAACCACAUGUUUGCAGCUGAGAUCUAUAUGCAUCGGUUUCUCCUAUCCAGCCCCGUCCGAACCCUUAAUCCUGAGGAAGCUGAUUGGUUUUAUACUCCUGUAUACACUACUUGUGACCUGACGCCCAAUGGCCUUCCUUUGCCUUUUAAGUCACCGCGGAUGAUGAGAAGUGCAAUACAACUGAUAUCUUCAAAUUGGCCUUAUUGGAACCGGACAGAAGGGGCAGAUCACUUUUUUGUAGUGCCUCAUGAUUUUGGAGCAUGCUUUCAUUAUCAGGAAGAAAAGGCGAUUGAAAGAGGAAUUCUUCCCUUGCUCCAGCGUGCAACUUUGGUUCAGACUUUUGGGCAACAGAAUCAUGUUUGCUUGAAAGAGGGCUCAAUUACGGUUCCUCCUUAUGCUCCUCCACAGAAAAUGCAAACCCACCUAAUUCCUGAGAAAACUCCUAGAUCCAUCUUUGUUUACUUCCGUGGAUUGUUUUAUGAUGUGGGAAAUGACCCAGAAGGUGGUUAUUAUGCAAGAGGCGCACGAGCAGCAGUGUGGGAGAACUUCAAAGACAAUCCUCUUUUUGACAUUUCCACUGAGCACCCCACCACAUACUAUGAGGACAUGCAACGAGCAGUCUUUUGUUUGUGUCCACUCGGCUGGGCUCCUUGGAGUCCAAGAUUGGUUGAAGCAGUGAUUUUCGGCUGCAUUCCUGUUAUCAUAGCAGAUGACAUUGUUCUACCCUUUGCUGAUGCAAUCCCUUGGGAAGAAAUUGGCGUGUUUGUAGCUGAGGAAGAUGUCCCCAACUUGGACACCAUACUCACUUCAAUCCCACCAGAAUUGAUAUUGAGAAAGCAGCGAUUGCUUGCCAAUCCUUCAAUGAAGCAAGCAAUGUUGUUCCCACAACCUGCUGAAGCAGGAGAUGCUUUUCAUCAAGUUCUGAAUGGGCUUGCGCGUAAAUUGCCGCAUGGCCCCGGUGUUUACUUGAAGCCGGGUGAAAAGAUCCUAAACUGGACUGCAGGGCCGGUGGGUGACCUGAAACCUUGGUAG